AUCACAUGUAUCCUUGCUCUGAACCCAUUUCCUUGUUGUUGGCAUUUGCAUUAGGGUGCUCAUUUAGCUUCUCUCCUCGAUCAUGUCCCCUCAACCUCUGUAGUCAAGCAGUUGCUUUUCAUCGGUGUUUUUACUCCCACAGUUUAUCCUCUGCUUGUGGAUAGUAUUUUUUAGAUCCCUGCAGAUUGUUCAGGGACAUUGUAAAGCCAUUAAUGGAGAAGUCCAUUACGUUCGAUUGAACCACAGUGUAUCAGUCUCUGUACAAUGUUCUCCUGGUUCUGCUCCUUUCACUCAAUGCAGACAUUUUUAAAGCCUGAAAGGUUUAUUGUGGAAAAAGGAUAGGUUUGUUUGGUUGGCCCUAGUGGACAGAACUUGGACCAAGAGGUAUCGUUAAACAUCUUCCUACAAGCAAUGUUCCAAAGUGGAAAGAGCUCCCUGUUAUCUGAAGAUGAAUGGAGGAGAGCCUGGUAGGUCUGCUUUGAAGAGAGGGCCCCUACUUUAAGUUAAGGUUGAGUUAGAUGGAAAGCAACUUGGAAUCAGAAAGAUCUGGGUUUGAAUUCUGCUUGUGACCUUGGGCAUGUCACGUGACCUCUUUGGGCCUCAGUGUCCUCAUCUCUAAAACAAGAAAAGGUUGGACUAAAAGACCUCACAAGGCCUGUUCAGCCCUGAAGCUAGGUUUAAAUUGGGAAAUGGGUAAUUUCAUUGCUACCUUUCACCAAUUUACUAAUCACUGUGUUGGCUGUGUAAUCUCUGAGUUUAGGAUCUACUCUUGUACAUGGAGAGUAUUUAUCUCACAGGUUUUCUUUGAAGACCAAAUGAAAUACUGUAGAGCACUUUGUAAAGCUACAAAAUGCUCCCUAAAAGUCUGAAAUGAUUAUCUGUAAAAUGUGGGUUAUAAAUCAGUCCAUACCCCAUAGGGUUGUGGGUAAAGUACUCAUAAACUUUAAGACAUGGUAAAGAUAAAAUAAUUCCUAUUUACAUGGCCCCUUAAAUUUUGCCAAAGCACUUUUCUUACAACAUCCCUGUGAAAUAAGUAAGAUUAUUGUUCCUAUUUUGUAGAUAAGGAAAUAGGCCCAGAAUGGCUCUAGGAUGGGGUGACUUGCUCGGGUUCCCACAGCUAGCAUCACCUCCAGGCCCAGUCCUGAAGUCUUUUCAUUUUGUAACCCAGCAUGGGUUCACCUUUGUCCCCAGCCCCUGAGUUCAGCCUGUGCUGGGAAGAGAAGGGAGAAAUGUGAUAUUUGCCCUUGCUGAGCGCUCCUAGGAGCUGAGCCUCAAGCACAGAACAGCCACUGGCUAGAAAGUCCCAGAUGCCUUCCAGGACCCUGUGGUGUGGGGCAGGCUGUCAGUGCUGCCAGCUUUGGAAGGGACCAGCGAUCCUGGACAUGGGAAUAAUGGUGAGGUGAGAGGAUGACUCAGAGGCUCAGGUUGGGUCCUGCUUGCCUCACCGGUGAUUGGCCCACUAUUUUAUAAGGCCUCAGCAGCCAUGCUUCUCUUCUUACUCCUGUAACAUUUUGACUACCUUGCCAGCUCCUUGCUGCCCAGGGCAGCACUCCGGACUCCCCAUCGUAACCACCAGGGUCAGAGUGCCCAUCACUGGCACCCUCUCCCUUUGCCUGUUGUCUUCCCUAGUAAAAUGUAAGCCCCAUGAGGGCAGAUACCAUCUUUGCUCAGUAUUUGUUUAAUAAACACUUUUUCUUUCAAUUCCAAGCCAGAGCUGAGUUCUGGGUUCUCCCACAGAACUUGGGCAAGUCUCCUGGACUCUCCAAGCUUUAGUUGUGUAGAAGGAAACAAUUAUCCUCCUCGAGUAAUUUUCGGGGAAUGCUCUGUACCCUAAAAGCUCCAGGAAUAAGCUGUUGUCACUGGACAUUUCUGACUUGCCAGGGACCUGACCAGAGAAGAGAGCCCUGCCCAGCUCAGCCCUGUAGCCCCAAGCUGCUAAAAGCCAGCUCCAUCCAGGGAAGAGUUUUUUCAGGAGAGUUGUGAAGGGCCCAGGCAGGGUGGGUGAGGCUCUGCAAAAGGACUGGGCGGGAGUGGGAGAAGUGGGGUACCCCAGGGAUGGUCCUAGGCUGCAGACUGGAUUCGCCCUCUCUUGAUAAGUCCCCCGGGGUUCCUGGUGCACUAGGCGGAAAACUGGUGGUCGUGGAAGCCAAAUUGACCUGGGCACUGUGACCGCUUCAGAUGCCCGGAAUGAUGGGAUUGGAGGCCAGCAGUUUUUCGAGGGGCGGAGGAUUGGGGGAGGGGGCGGAGCAGGCCUACCUGGGAGGGCGGACUCUAGGGCCCUUCCUUGCUUCCUCUGGAGCUGACUGAGCCUCAUCCACACUGCUCGCGUCGGGAGCUCCGGGUUCCCACGGAACCCGGCCCAGCAGCCCCAGCCUAGUGAAAGCAUCUCCCAUUCACAAGGCUGCUACCGCCAGCGCCGCGAAAGGGUUAAAGGGCUUCUGGCUUGACUAUUGGAGCAGAGGUUCCUCGCCUUCCUCUCCAUCCAAUGGCCGGGCUCCCCGAAGCAGCGGCUGCCUCCUGACUGGCUGGGCCGCCCGCCCCGUCGGGGCCUGAGUACCGCGCCGCGGGGGGCGCAGUUGCCCGCGCCCCGAGAAUGCGAGAGAGAGGGAGGGGGUGUGGGAAGGAGCAUAAAAGGAGGCGGCGGCGGCUGCGGGGCCGCGCACACUGCUUCGGCGGCCCAGGCGGAGCGCACCCUGUCCUCCAGACCCCUCAGCAUGAGCGGACCCGCAGCCCCCGAGGGGCGGCAGCCAGAGCCUCCAAGGUUCCUCAGCAAGGUGGAGGCUGUUGCCAUGGAAAAGGAGCUCAUUGAAGACUAUCGGUUUGGGCGGCAGCAGCUGGCAGAGAUGUGUGGGUAUGCCUGCGCUGUGGCUGUGACCAAGGUGUUUCCUGUGGCUGCCCUUUCCCGGAAGCAACGUACAGUACUGGUAGUGUGUGGACCUGAGCAGAAUGGCGCCAUCGGAUUGGUGUGUGCUCGGCAUCUUCGGGUAUUCGAGUAUGAGCCCACCAUCUUCUACCCCAAGCGCUCUUCAGACUCUCUGUCCAAGGAUUUCACCACCCAGUGUGAGAAGAUGGACAUCCCCUUUCUUUCUUACCUCCCUACCGAGGUCCAGCUCAUCAAUGAUGCCUACAGCCUGGUGAUCGACGCCAUCCUGGGGCCCGGGGCGGAGCCUGGGGAGGCCAAGGAGCCAUGCCCCAGCAUCCUGGCCACCCUGAAGCUGGUCAAGAUCCCCAUCGUCAGCCUGGACAUCCCCUCAGGGUGGGAUGUGGAGAUGGGCAGUGAAGAUGGGAUCAGCCCUGAGGUGCUUGUGUCCCUGGCUGCCCCCAAGAAAUGCGCUGGUCGGUUCUCAGGGAAGUACCACUUUGUGGCCGGACGCUUCGUCCCUGAUGACGUGCAGAAGAAAUUUCAUCUGAAUCUGCCUGGCUACCCGGGCACAGAGUGCGUGGUGGCUCUUUAAUGGGACUGGGGAGCAAAGGGAACCCUUGGGCCUCUCUCACUCUCUAAAGAAAUAAACAUUAAUCAUUUCAGAUCUA